AUGACGUACAGGAACAGCAUCACCAUCAUCAUCAUCGUGGUACAGGCGCAGCAGAACAGUGGGAAAGUACGGUAUCGCGGUGAAAAGCUUACACAGUCUCUCAUCUGGGUCGGCAUCACGUAUCAAUCGCAGGCGCAGCAGAACAGUGGGAAAGUACGGUAUCGCGGUGAAAAGCUUACACAGUCUCUCAUCUGGGUCGGCAUCGUGCCGCAAGAGUGUUUGGAUGCCCUCUCGGCUGGCACAGAAGGCUUCGCAGCCUGGUGCAAAAUCGACAAUGCCGAUGGACAGCUCAGGGUCAAGAACAUACCAUAUGGCCCGGGCAACUCUCGCCUCCGUGGUUUUGAUCGGGAUCACGCUCGUUUUCUCAAGAGCUUUGUCUCCCAGGCUGGUGUUGAACGAUUGUUGUUCGAAUAUACCAACGGCUUGUACAUCCCAGACGGCCGUGGUGCUUCGCAGGGCGGAGAGGUUCGCGGCCUGUGCUUGUAUACACCAACAAGGAACUACGAUGAUCCUGAGGGCAUGCACGAUGCCUGUCGACACCUUCAAAUCCGUGCAUUUCUGGCACGCCUGGCAGCAAGACUGCAGCCGUUUCUCCCAAGGUUGCGAGAGGCGUCAAAGGCGCACUCACAGUCAUGGAUCAAGAAGUAUGGACCAGUGCCGCAAUCAGCAAUUGGCGCGCAUGCGUCGGAUGAAGUCCGCGCUGCUGAGCUCCUAUACUUUGCUGAGGCGAUGAUCAUCGCCACACUCAGGGAGCUUCAACACGAUCUCAUGUCUUGGGACGCUAUGGUAAGAAUGAGGCGCGUGGCCCACUUCAAUGUGUCGGACGGCGAGUCUAAGAAGCUCAAGGCCUCCAGGAACCAGAACUUGUUGAAUGUGACCGAGCCCAGGGUAGAAAGUGCCCUCAAGUUCUUUGACGAGACUGCGUUGUCUGACGAUGAGCUGGAGCUUUUGACUGCGGACGCAUGCGGGGGCGAGGCCAACGCAUCAACAAAUGUCAUACGUGUGACGGCACUGGGCCACGAGUACGAGGACGAGGAGGACGGGCAAGAUGUCGAUGUACAAAGUGAAGCAGAUACCAGGGCGAGUUCAGUCGCCAUGUCGGAUAUCACAACUCCCUCUACGGUCCGACAGAGUCGGGGCUCGGGUCGCAGUAAGCGGCCACGCAUUUCCCCUGGAUCCUCUUGUGAGGCCGCAUCGAGCGAUCACCCAACAGAUGCUGUCCUCCAACAGCUUCUACGACAGCAACAUGACCAUGUUACUUUGUCAGAGGAGAGUAGGGACAGGCGACAAGCAGAACAGCAGCUAUUUCAAAUGCGCAUGCAGCAGGAGCAACUCACUUUUCAGGCUGAACAACAACGAAAACAGCUUGAAUUCCAGGUUGAACAGCAGGAGCGAAAACUCAGGUUCCAAGCAGAACAUGAGCUUGCAAUGGCCCGCUUGAAGCACGAGCAAACAAUGCAACUGUCGCAAUUGCAAAUGAACUACCAGAGAUGGCGCGUUGAACGAGGUGAAGAGGCCCUGCACCAAGACGCAGCGCCCUCGUGA